CGGUAGCUGCAGGUGCGCAGUGCGCGUGUCCACCAUCGUGUGAAUUCAAAAGAAGAACGGUUGAUCGUGUCUGAUCGUGUCACAACUGGUGAAAUUUUCUAAACAAAUAAAGUUGAACACAUAAAAAAAAAAUAAUGGCUGAUUUAUCGAAGUGGGAACCGAUAAUACAAACAACGAUUGUAAAGCUAAGAAAUACAUUGUCUACCUUACACACAAUAUGGGAAGACAUAGGAUUUACGGAGGAAGCACGUAAUAUAUACUGCGAACAAGCGUUCAAUCACAUAAACGAUUUAUUAUUUGAUAUGGUUCAGGAAUCUCAGCAAAAAAAGGACAUGUUAUUAAAUAAUGUUAAAGAAUUAGUGAAGGAAAUUUCUAUAUUGAGCAAAGAGUUGGGAGAAGAAAUGCAAGCUAAUGGAUACGAAGAUUUACCGUUAAAAAAAAUAGAAGAUGUGCUGCGCACUGAUUUACAUAAAUUACAGUACUGCAAGGAGCAAAGAUUGGCACUUUUAAAAGAACUGCGUAUAAAAGAAGAAAGUCUUUGCAAGAAACUAGGCACUCAACCAAUUGGAAUUGAGAGAGAGAUACCUACUGAAGUAGAACUUAACAGUUUCAAACUAUAUCUUGAAACCCAAGAAUCAGAAAAGAAUCGUCUGGAGUCUACUUUUAAAGAAAUGCGCAGAGAAAUUGUGAAAAUGAUGGAUGAAUUGGGCAUUUCACCAUCUACAAAUUUUGAACAAUUAGUUUAUAAAGACUGUGACAACAUUGUUUUUAGCAGUAAUAAUAUGGCCAAAUUAAAGGAAUUUAAUGAAGAGCUUAAACAUCAAAUGGAUAGAGCAAAAGAAUAUGUAGACAAUAUUAAACAAGAAUUAAUUAACCUAUGGAAGUGUCUUGAUGAACCUGAACGACUUUGUCAUUCAUUCCUUAAAAGUUAUGUAGGAUACAGUGUUGCAACUAUAAAUGCAUUAGAAGCAGAGGUGGAGAGAUGUAAAGAAAAGCGAAAACAAAAUAUUGCAAAACAUGUAUCACAAGUGAGGUCUGAAUUAACAAAACUGUGGGAUCUAUGUCAAUUUAGCAAAUUACAGAGGAGCCAAUUUAAAUAUUUUCAUUGUCAAACAUACACAGAAGAUUUGCUUACUUUACAUGAACUUGAAGUAAAAAGAUUGCAAGAGUUUUAUACAGCUAAUAAAGCUAUAUUUGAACUCAUAGAAGAAAGGAACACCCUAUGGUCUAAAAUGAAAGAACUUUUGCGACCUACAAAUGAUCCAGAUCGUUAUUACAAUCGAGGUGGCCAAUUAUUAAUGGAGGAAAAAGAGCGUAAAACAAUUCAAAAAAAGUUACCAAAAAUAGAAGAAGAAUUAAGAAAUUUAAUAAAAGAAUAUGAAAGUGUAAAUGGAGAAACAUUCACUAUAAAUGGUCUGUCAGUAGAAGAACUGUUAAAAGAAUCUUGGGAACAUUUAAAUGAAGAAAAAGAAACAAUAAAGAAAGCCAGAAAAGAGGCCAAGGAUAAAUCAGUUAAAAAAAUAGCCUUAAGUGCAUCUAAAAGGAUUGCUUCAACUUCAGCAAAAAAAACACCUAGUGUAUUAAGUACCCGUGUCCACACACCGUCUAGUACAUUAAAGAGGAGACUAUUAUUCACUCCUUCUCCAAAUGCUUCAAUGAAACGUCGGAACUUGAAUUCAAAAAAUAGUGCAUCUAAGCAGGAAAGGAAUGGAAGAAUUCCUCGAAUGCUUACUCGCUCUAGUGGAAAGAUUUCUAAAAGUAGUAAAAAGAAAGAAAACUCCAGAUCUCCAAGUAUAGUUGUAACAGAUAGCACUUACAGUCAAUUUAAAGAACAUUUAGAAGAUAAGAAAGAGUUACGGAGUUCUUUAUUACCAGAACAAGUACUAAUAAAUGCCACAAACAGACAACAAGGAAAAAUUAAAACACCAAUACGAACACCUGCCAAACCACUAAGAAAACAUAUACCCAUAGCAACAACACCUAUUACUACAACCCCUAAGUCUUCUCACUCACAAUUACAUAAAUCACCUCGUAGUCCCAAACCUGUACAAUCAACAAGGCUAGCUGCAGUAACAACACAUCUACCAAUAAUCUUCUAAAUUAACUUAAAAAUAAAAGGUAUUAAUUUGUAUAAAACAAAGAUAAAUUUUUAUUAACUAAAACUAUUAAAUAGAAUGAUCACCUCAAAUAACUAAUAAAUAGUACACUUUAUGAAAAUUUCAUGGCAUGAAUUUUAAGUAAUUUUGAAAGACACAUUUUAUGGGAGGACUAUUUUGGAAAUUUCUGCGUUAUCUUUAUUUUUUUUAAUAAAAUUAUUUACUUUUUGAAUUAUUAAUUAAUAAAGCAUAGAAUUUUGACCAAAU